AUGACGAUGUCCGUCCCGGAGAGGAAAUCGGGAUCUGAGGGAAAGGAGGAAGAGAGCGAGGAUGAAAGCGAGAUCCUGGAGGAAAGCCCUUGCGGACGAUGGCAGAAGCGAAAAGAACAGGUGAGCCAAGGGAAUGUCCCAGGUGUGGAAAGCGCCUCACUAGCCAUGGACACGGAGGAAGGGGUCGAGGUGGUGUGGAAUGAAGUGCUUUUCUCCGAUAAAAAAGUCUUCAAAGCGCAGGAGGAGAAAAUCAAAGAAAUGUUUGAGAACCUAAUGCAGGUGGAGCACCCAAACAUUGUCAAGUUCCAUAAAUAUUGGCUGGAUAUGAAGGAAAGCCAAGCUCGGGUCAUCUUCAUCACCGAGUACAUGUCGUCGGGCAGCCUCAAGCAGUUUUUGAAGAAAACCAAGAAGAACCACAAGACCAUGAAUGUCAAGGCCUGGAAAAGAUGGUGCACGCAGAUCCUCUCCGCCCUCAGUUAUCUGCACUCGUGCGAUCCACCAAUCAUCCACGGCAAUCUGACAUGCGACACCAUCUUCAUCCAGCACAACGGACUCAUUAAGAUCGGCUCAGUGUGGCAUCGACUUUUUGUUAACGUAUUCCCGGAUGCUAACGUCCAUGGCAAAGGGAGGCAACAUCGUGACGAGCAGCGGAACCUUCAUUUUUUUGCGCCAGAAUAUGGAACCGGCGAAGAUGACUACGCCAUUGACAUUUUCUCCUUUGGCAUCUGCGCUCUGGAGAUGGCAGUGUUGGAGAUCCAAGCUAACGGUGACGCCGCUGUUUCCAAGGAGGCCAUCGUCAAUGCAGGGCAAUCGCUCGAAGACCCUCUCAUGAGAGAGUUCACGCAGUCGUGUUUGCGCCCUGACGCCAAACUCCGUCCGACUGCUCACGACCUUCUCUUCCACCGCGUCCUGUUUGAGGUUCACUCCCUCAAACUGCUAGCUGCCCACUGCCUCAUUAACAACCAGUACUUGCUUCCUGAGAACUGCGUAGAAGAGAGGACCAAGUCCUAUGACCCCAAUGCCAUCAUGGCAGAGAUUAAGCAUGAAGAUAGGCUGGGAGUUCAACUAAAGUACUCCCAUGUGUCCCCUUUGGAGCUGGACAAGUUCCUGGAGGACGUCAAAAAUGGGAUUUACCCCUUGAUGAACUUCGCCUCGACCCGGCCGCAUCCCGUCCCUCGAGCACUUUCCUUGUCUCAGGAGCAAGUGGAGACGGUCAAAACGCCUACGCCGGAACCACAGGAGACUGAGAGCAGAAAAGUCAUUCAAAUGCACUGCAGCUUGGAGUCCAAUGAGGAAGGGACCAAAACUCAUCUGUCGUUAUUUCUCAAAAUGGAUGACAAACUCCACCGGCAACUUAGCUGCGACAUCCUUCCAACCGAUACGUCCAAAGACCUUGCCGGCGAACUUGUUCACUACGCCUUCAUUAAUGAGGAGGACAUUGAGAAGGUGGCAGUGUUUCUUGAAGAUGCCAUCAAGCGACACCGGGUACGAGUUCUGCCCUCCGGAAGCAUGCAGUGA